CAUCGCGAGACGUCAUCGUAGGUAUCUCCAACUUCAUAACAGCCACUCCCGCUCUUUUUUUUUUGGUUCGAUGUCGGUGGCUGACAUAUCUCAUACUUUCUUCAGUUCAGAAACCCACGAUUCGAAUUGACAAGAUCGAUAGAUUUCCGUCAUCAAUAACAAUACGGCUCUACUCCGCGAAUUCAAAAAGUCAACAUGCUUGCUAGAUUAGCAAUCCUGGGGCUGGCCGGUGCCGCCAGUGCUCUCGCAAAUGCCCAGUGUGGUGCCGUUCUCAAGAAUGAUGGCGAGCCGGUCGGCGAAUUCAAAGAUGUCAAUGGCACACAAAUCUACCACUCCUACCCAACCUCCGGUGGCUCAAACACAACUGCCAUUCUCUACCUGACCGACAUCUUCGGGGUCCCGAACCCACAAGCCAAGCUCCUCGCAGAUUCCCUCGCCACAGCCGCCUACACAGUCAUCAUGCCGGAUCUUUUCAAAGGCGACCCCGUGCCGCUCGACGCCCUCGAGGGCCCUGGCCUAAACCUCACGGAUUGGGUUGCGAGACAUCCCCAGGAGGAAGUCGAUGCGAUUAUCGAGGCUACUAUUGCGUAUAUCCACACCACGCUCUCGAUCCCCAAAAUCGCAGCAGUAGGAUACUGCUUCGGCGGUAAAUACGUGCCCCGCCACAUGACUGCUUCCUCGGGCGGCAUCGACAUCGGUUUCAUAGCGCACCCGUCGAACCUGCUCCCCGCUGAAAUCGAGGCAAUUGCAGGCCCGAUUAGUAUCGCUGCUGGAGAACUCGACGCAACAUACAACGCGACGCACCGCAAUACCGCCGAGGACAUCCUCAUGUCGAAAAACCUCACGUUCGAGGCUAGUUUGUAUUCUGGGGCACCGCAUGGAUUCGGGGUUAAAGUUGAUUGGGCGGUGCGGGAGCAGCGGUAUGCGAAGACGGCGGCGUUUGAGCAGGCGCUUAGGUGGUUUGGGUUCUGGGCUUGA